AAAUUAAUAAACUAGUUAAAGAAAAAAUUGAUUAAUUUCGUAUAACCUUUGAAUACAAUACAUUAGAACAUACUAGAGUACUGACAAAAUGGUUUUAGUUCAAGAUUUAUUAAACCCAAAUCCAGCUUCUGAAGCUCAAAAACAUAAAUUAAAGACUUUAGUUCAAGGUCCAAGAUCAUUCUUCAUGGAUGUUAAAUGUCAAGGUUGUUUAACUAUCACCACCGUUUUCUCCCAUGCCCAAACUGCUGUCACCUGUGACUCUUGUUCAACCGUUUUAUGUACUCCAACUGGUGGUAAGGCUAAGUUGACUGAAGGUUGUUCUUUCAGAAGAAAGUAAAUGUAUUUUGAAUAAGUUAAAUUUUGCAUAUAUCAUUUCACAUUUCACAUUUCAUUCAAUACCUUCAAACUUAAUACAUAUAUAUAAUAUGAUAAUGAUCUAAAUUUUUCAUCAUAUCGUUAAGAUCAUAUCUCCACCUUCAUUUAAUUUUAAAUUAAUUGAUUCCCACCAAAAAUCACAUCAAAUAUAGUUUCCAUAAUAGAAACAUGUAUUUAUAUAAUAUAAUUAAAAGUAUUCCUACUUUAUCUUUUUCUAAUUCAUUUAGGUUAUAAAUUACUUUUAUGAAAUAUACAAAAAUCAAUAUCGUUUAAAGUAAAAA